AUGUCGACUUCACCAGCUCCCGCAACUGCGCCUUCGCAAAAGCGGCCCCUCGAGGAGCCUUCAUCGCCCAAUGGCCCUACCGAUCAGCCCGAUGCCAAAAGACCUGCUCUUGACAAGGUCAAGGACGAAGAGCCAGUCACAGACGCCGCUCCUGCAUCGCCUACCGCUCCCGAUGUCAAAUCCGAAGUCGAGUCGUCUGCUCCCGCUGCGGUCACUGUGGAUGCAGUGAAGAACGAGGAACUUGGCGAAUCCCACGGAGACACAGUCGUGCUUGAUGCUCCUCCCGCUGGAAUGCCCUCGGCCACUCAGGUCUUGGAGACACAGCCUGUUCAAUCCACUGCCGCUAACGGCGCAUCCGCUGGAGGUCAAGAUCAGUACUCAGCACAACAGCAGGACGAGAGCAACUGGUUGCACAUCAGAGCUAUCAUAUCGAGUGCCGAAGCUGCCACAGUCAUUGGAAAGGGCGGAGAGAACGUAACCCAGAUCCGCCGCAUGAGUGGUGCAAAAUGCACUGUCAGUGACUACUCGCGCGGUGCUGUUGAGCGUGUUUUGACCGUGAGCGGUCUCGUCGACGCGGUCGCAAAGGCCUUUGGUCUUAUCAUCCGCACACUGAACAACGAGCCCCUCGAAAGCGCUUCGACUCCUCAAUCCAAGACCUACCCUCUCCGCCUGCUGAUCCCCCACAUUCUGAUCGGCUCCAUCAUUGGUAAAGGAGGUGUCAGAAUCCGUGAGAUCCAAGAAGCCUCUGGCGCUCGUUUGAACGCAUCCGAUUCUUGCCUGCCUCUAUCCACCGAACGUUCGCUUGUUGUCUUGGGUGUAGCAGACGCUGUCCACAUCGCAACGUACUAUGUCGGCAGUACUCUUGUCGAGCAGUUGACCGAGCGCUUCGGAGGCCCCGCUGCUUCAGCUUAUGCUACGCGCAGCGGCGCCCCCGCAGGUGUUGUGCCUGGAGGUAUGCAGGUGGUCCCUUAUGUUCCUCAGCCUGCUGGUGGACAAUGGGGACCUCCAGAUCACUUCCGCCGCCAGCCUCCUACUCAACGCGGCCCUCCUCCUACCGGCUACGGUAUGCAACAACAGCAUCCUUACGGCGGCGCGCCCACACCUGUACACGCUCAGGCACCUGUUCACUACCCCGCUGCAUCUCCGAGACAGCCAUACGUCGGUGCAGGUCCUCAUGCUCCCGCUCCUCACGCAGCUGCAUACCCUGCCCAGCCCGCCACAGCCGCAGCAAGUGCCGCGCACGCCGGUCCUCCUCAGCAGCCCAUGCAAGGCAUGGUGCCUGGCCAGCCUCUGACUCAGCAGAUCUUCAUCCCCAACGACAUGGUCGGCGCUAUCAUCGGAAAGGGCGGUGCAAAGAUCAACGAGAUACGCCAGCUCAGUGGAAGUGUCAUCAAGAUCAACGAACCUCAGGACAACAGCAACGAGCGUCUCGUUACCAUCACUGGAACGCAGGAGUGCAACCAGAUGGCGCUCUUCAUGCUCUACUCUCGUCUUGGUCAGUAA